AGCGAACCCGGCCGCCGGCGUGUCGCCGGGACCGACGUCCGUGGGUCUGAGCAGACCCUGCACACCUGGGCAUGAGGAGGUCCCUGUAGGAUUUGGGACCGAGGACAUUCUUGUCAGGCUUGAGGCGUAAAGAGGUUCCUGUCAGGUGGAGAAGUAAAGAGAUCCUGCCAUCGUCCAGAGAGGACGCGUGCUGCUGUCUCGUUCCUCUUGACACCACGAUCCUGGCCCGCCGCAGAACGCUCCAAGGCCCGGUGAAGAUGGCCUCGGUGCCUGUGUAUUGCCUCUGCCGGCUGCCUUACGAUGUGACCCGCUUCAUGAUCGAGUGUGACAUGUGCCAGGACUGGUUUCAUGGCAGUUGUGUUGGUGUUGAAGAGGAGAAGGCUGCUGAAAUUGACCUCUACCACUGCCCCAACUGUGAGGUCUUACAUGGGCCCUCUAUUAUGAAAAAACGGCGUGGAUCUUCUAAAGGGCAUGAUGCACACAAAGGGAAGCCUGUGAAGACUGGGACCCCUAUGUUCAUUCGAGAGCUGAGGAGUAGGACUUUUGACAGCUCAGAUGAAGUGAUUCUGAAGCCCACUGGAAGUCAGCUGACUGUGGAGUUUCUGGAAGAGAAUAGCUUCAGUGUGCCCAUCUUGGUCUUGAAGAAGGAUGGCUUGGGAAUGACAUUGCCCUCACCAUCAUUCACUGUGAGGGAUGUGGAACACUAUGUUGGUUCUGACAAAGAAAUUGAUGUGAUUGAUGUGGCCCGCCAGGCCGACUGCAAAAUGAAGCUUGGUGACUUUGUGAAAUAUUACUACAGUGGAAAGAGAGAGAAAGUCCUCAAUGUCAUAAGUUUGGAAUUCUCUGAUACCAGGCUUUCUAACCUCGUGGAGACACCUAAGAUUGUUCGCAAGUUGUCAUGGGUCGAGAACUUGUGGCCAGAGGAGAGUGUGUUUGAAAGACCCAAUGUGCAGAAGUACUGCCUCAUGAGUGUACGGGAUAGCUACACAGACUUUCACAUUGACUUUGGUGGCACCUCAGUGUGGUACCAUGUGCUCAAGGGUGAGAAGAUCUUCUACCUGAUUCGCCCAACAAAUGCUAAUUUGACUCUCUUUGAGUGCUGGAGCAGCUCCUCUAAUCAGAAUGAAAUGUUCUUUGGGGACCAGGUGGACAAGUGCUACAAGUGUUCCGUGAAGCAAGGACAGACACUUUUCAUUCCUACAGGAUGGAUUCAUGCUGUGCUGACCCCUGUGGACUGCCUUGCCUUUGGAGGGAACUUCUUACACAGCCUUAACAUUGAAAUGCAGCUCAAAGCCUAUGAGAUUGAGAAGCGGCUGAGUACAGCAGACCUCUUCAAGUUCCCCAACUUUGAGACCAUCUGUUGGUACGUGGGAAAACACAUUCUGGACAUCUUUAGAGGUUUGCGAGAGAACAGGAGACACCCUGCGUCCUACCUGGUCCAUGGUGGCAAAGCCCUGAAUUUGGCCUUUAAAGCCUGGACAAAGAAAGAAGCUCUGGCAGACCACGAAGAUGAGAUCCCGGAGACAGUACGGACUGUGCAACUCAUUAAAGAUCUGGCUAGGGAGAUCCGCCUGGUUGAAGACAUCUUCCAACAGAACGUUGGGAAGACGAGCAAUAUCUUUGGGCUGCAGAGGAUCUUCCCAGCUGGCUCCAUUCCCUUAACCAGGCCAGCCCAUUCCACUUCAGUAUCCAUGUCCAGGCUGUCACUGCCCUCCAAAAGUGGUUCAAAGAAGAAAGGCCUGAAGCCCAAGGAACUCUUCAAGAAAGCAGAGCGAAAGGGCAAGGAGAGUUCAGCCUUGGGGCCUGCUGGCCAGUUGAGCUAUAAUCUCAUGGACCCAUACAAUCAUCAGGCACUGAAGACAGGCUGUUCCCAGAAAGCAAAGUUCAACAUGACUGGUUCCUGCUUGAAUGACUCAGAUGAUGACUCACCAGACAUGGACCUUGAUGGCAAUGAGAGCCCACUGGCCCUCUUGAUGGCUAAUGGCAGUACAAAGAGGAUGAAGAGCUUAUCCAAAUCUCGGAGGGCCAAAAUGGCAAAGAAGGCAGAGAAGGCAAGGCUGGUGGCAGAACAAGUGAUGGAAGAUGAAUUUGACCUGGAUUCCGAUGAUGAGCUGCAGAUUGAUGAGAGAUUGGGAAAGGAGAAAGCAGCCUUGAUAUUAAGACCAAAAUUUUCCCGGAAGUUGCCCCGUGCAAAACCUUGCUCUGAUCCUAACCGAGUUCGUGAACCAGGAGAAGUUGAGUUUGAUAUUGAGGAAGACUAUACAACAGAUGAAGACAUGGUGGAAGGGGUUGAAGGCAAGCUUGGGAAUGGGAGUGGAGCUGGUGGAAUUCUUGAUCUACUCAAGGCCAGCAGGCAGGUGGGGGGACCUGACUAUGCUGCUCUCAGCGAGGCCCCAGCCUCCCCCAGCACUCAGGAGGCCAUCCAGGGCAUGCUGUGUAUGGCCAACCUGCAGUCCUCAUCGUCUUCUCCGGCUACCUCCAGCCUGCAGGCCUGGUGGACCGGGGGGCAGGACCGAAGCAGUGGGAGCUCCAGCAGUGGGCUGGGCACAGUGUCUAGCAGUCCUGCUUCCCAGCGCACCCCAGGGAAGCGGCCCAUCAAGCGGCCAGCAUACUGGAGAACCGAAAGCGAGGAGGAGGAGGAGAAUGCCAGUCUGGAUGAACAGGACAGCUUGGGAGCAUGCUUCAAGGACGCAGAGUAUAUCUACCCUUCCCUGGAGUCUGAUGAUGAUGAUCCUGCUUUGAAAUCUCGACCUAAGAAAAAGAAGAAUUCAGAUGAUGCUCCAUGGAGUCCUAAAGCCCGUGUGACUCCAACUCUACCCAAGCAAGACCGUCCUGUGCGUGAGGGGACCCGAGUGGCCUCCAUUGAAACAGGCUUGGCUGCAGCAGCUGCCAAGCUGGCCCAGCAGGAGCUGCAGAAGGCCCAAAAGAAAAAAUACAUCAAGAAGAAGCCUUUGCUGAAGGAGGUAGAACAGCCUCGCCCUCAAGACUCCCAUCUCAGUGUGACAGUUCCGGCCCCGGGAGUGGCUGCUACGCUCCACCCUCCCACUUCCUCCUCACCUUUGCCUCCUCCUGAGCCUAAACAAGACACUCUGUCAGGAAGUCUUGCUGACCAUGAGUAUACUGCUCGACCUAAUACCUUUGGAAUGGCCCAAGCAAACCGCAGCACCACACCCAUGGCUCCUGGUGUCUUUUUGACCCAGAGGCGCCCUUCUGUUGGCUCUCAGAGUAAUCAGACAGGACAAGGAAAGCGUCCCAAAAAGGGCCUGGCCACAGCGAAGCAGAGACUUGGCCGUAUCCUGAAAAUCCACAGAAAUGGCAAACUACUUUUGUGAGCUGAGCCCCCGUGUGUUCCAGCUCUCACCCUUCACCCCCAUUGCCUUCUCCAUUGUCAACUCUCGGGGCACUCCUGGAUCCUGUCUGCCCCAGACAAGGUGCUGAGGCGCAUUGUCCUGCUUUCUUGGGACUGACCAAAGGCACGGGCUCCUCCACCGACUUCCUCAAUUCCUUUUCCCACACCUGCUAUGAGCAUCCUCCCUUCCUUUUCCCUACCCAAGUAGCAUGUAAAUGGGAGCAGUUUCCAACUUAUAACAGCUCAUUUUUUUUUUUGUUCCUCUAAUCCAUUUUUCUCUUCCCUGCCUUGUCUGUCCUUUACUGUCCACCACCCCACCACCCCAAAGGCAGGAUGAGGAAAGGCAAGAAGAUAGUAUGGGCUUCUCAUUUCUCUGGCCAUGAAGUGUGAGGUCCAGUGCUCAAUACUUUCUACAACUCCAGCCCUGUCUCUAGAAGCCUGCCCACUUCCACCUAUUCUUCCCUCCCCUUCUACCUCCAGUCCAGUGGAUAUGCCCCACCUCGAGAUUUGUUCCUGGAAGAAGGCUAUGGUCUCUGCCCCCUCUUGCCAAAUAAUAGUUCAUGGAAAAAGAGAGGGCCUGGAGUUUCCUUUCUUCCCCACCGUGGGCCAUUUCUGGAGGUGGCUUAGAAAGGCUGACUUCAUUUAUCCUUGGAAAGAAAGAAGAUUCCUGCCACUUUUUGAGGUGAGGAGAGGAUAGAUAUCCAUUCCUUUAACUAUAACUUUUUUUUUAGCCCAUUGGAGGAAGCUACUUUUGGCUGGCUACACAUGAAGCCCCUGUCCCAGAGUGAACUCCAGGGAUUUGCCUGGAUUUUGAGGUCCUGCAUAGCAUUAUCUAUGUGGCUGUUACUGGCAUCCAGCAGGUGAAAAAUUAUUUCCUAAAAACCUGAAGUCAUGUGCCACUGAAAUCACCCUGGCUCCGCAGCCUGCUUCCUUUAUCUGUACCAUGGAACAGAGAUUGGACCUUUUGGAGAGUGUGUGGUAGAACGGCCUACUCCCUAGGUCCUCCUGUCAAGAAACCUCCAUGCUUCUUUCCUCAACUGAGGUCUGGGUCUGAAGAAGACCUCAGGAUUCACAUCUUUAGUCCUGGGCCUUUGUAUUCCAGACUCCAGAUCGUUGUUCAGGUAGAAUGCAGAUGACCAUGCACGAGCCCAAGCCUAGAAGAGAUGCCAUUUAUGAAGGAGCAGACCAACUGAUUCACCCUACUCCUCUUUCCUUUGUAGGUUAUCUCCAUUGUCCAGACAGUGCCCCCCUCCUCCCUCUUGUCUUGCCUCACUGGCAAUCUGGGCUUGUGGAGAACGUGUCCCACCCCAACUCAUUUUGGCACUGCCAAAAUGGCAUGCAUCAUUGUUCUCUAUCCUCUUCUCCAACCUCACCCCAGCUUGCCUAGUGCUUCUGGGUAAAUUUUACAGCAACCAUCCAAACCACAGGGAAUUUAUGAGACUUCUUUGACUUCUUUGUGUCUGUGGUUUAUCUUUCUCCAUAGUCCCACCUCUACUGUCUUUCCUUGGAAUCAGGAGUCCCUUAGACCAUUUUUUUUUUUACCUUGGGGACCCCAGGUGCCAAGCAGUCCACCAUCUAGUCACACCAAAGGCAAAUAGCCUUGCUACCUCCCCCGCUAGUAUAUGAGGUCCCUACUUUCCUUCCCUCCAGUUCUACCCUGCUUUGCUUAUCUUGGGGAUUUCAAGGCAGCAGAGGGUAGUGAGGGAAGGGCAGGAGAAGCCUCUGUUCCUCUGUAGGCAACUGCCUCACUAGACACUGACUGCUGUCACGAAGACCAGGUCCUCAGCCCUUUUGCCCAUUAACAACCCCUCUUGAUCUUUCAAAGGCAGCUAAUUGCUAACAGAAACACCUGAUUCUGGGCCUCUUUUCCCCUCUGUUUCUCUGUUAGAAGUUUCUGUGGAGAUGAAACCCAGCCUCUUGUUUGCCUGGGUUCAUUUAGUUUAGUUAGGUUCUUGGAACCUCCUGUUUGUUGUUUUUGUUCACGUUUCCAAUGAAAAGCAAGUUUACCCUCAGCAUUAUGCUUUUCCAAAGAGGCUAGUGUGUUUGUUUCUGUUUUGAUUUUUAAAUGUUUCAGGUUCUAAGUGAAGUGAGUUGGGGAGGGGUUUGAAAUGAUAGUAACCAAGGUUUAGAACAUGUUGAGUUAGUUACCUCUGAUCUUCAGUCUCCAGCAGAGAGCUGGGAGAAGGAUAGGGGGCAGGGAGAAAGGAUUUCUAUUCACCCUUAAUAUAUUUUUACAAGAAAGCAAACAAUUUAAAAACAAACCCACCGCUUCUGUACAUGUCUAAAUAUAUUUUUAGAAGUGGGUAGGAUUGUGACUUUCUGAUGCAGGGCCUUUUUAUAAAUAGGUUAGAGUAGCAUCAUCCAGACUUCUCUGUUGUUUUUUUCCCCCGUUUUUUUUCUUGUGUUACUAAUGUAAUUUAUAUUUUUUUUAGAUUCUCCCUUUCCUAUAGAGAUAAAAGU